AUGUCCGAACCGAUCCCCCAGCCUCGCGGGCUGCCCAUACUGGGCAAUCUCUUCGACAUCAAGCCGAGCAACACAUGGCAAUCCCUGAAGAACCUCGCCGAGCAGCACGGUGAAAUCUUCAAGGUUAACAUCCUCGGGAAGACGAUCGUCUUUGUGGCCGGGGUAGAUCUCGCUGGGGAGGUAUGCAACGAGAAGCGCUUCCGCAAGUACGUUGGAGGGCCUAUCGUCGAGAUUCGGUACGCGGUUCACGACGCGCUCUUCACGGCCUUUCAUCACGAGGACAGCUGGGGCAUCGCGCACCGCAUCAUUGCGCCCAAGCUGUCGCCGCAGACCAUGACAGGUCACUUCGCCGAAAUGCGCGACACGGCGGCCGAGAUGAUCGGCAAGUGGAAGAAGAACCGCAUCGGAGCCAGCAGCAGGAUGACGCUGGUGGACGAGCUGAACAGGCUGAGCCUCGAGGUCACGACGCUCACCCUGUACGGGAAGAAGCUCAACUGCCUAGAGGGCCCGAUGCACCCCGCGAUUCAGGGCAUAGAGAACUUGACGUCCGAAGCCGUCAUGCGGCCCACGCGUCCCGGGUUUGUCAACUACCUCGUCUACGGAAACAAGUUCAAGCGCGCCACGGUAGCGAUGCGCAGCUACGCAGCCGACCUGGUCGAGCACCGACGUCAGAACCCGACGGACCGCGACGACGUCCUGACCGCCCUGAUGGGCCACAAGGACCCGGAGACGGGCGUGGGCCUGACGGACUCGCAGGUCAUCGACGAGAUGGUCAGCAUGCCCAUCGGCAGCAGCACCGCCCCAUGCCUGCUCGCCACGGCGGUCUACUACCUCAUCAGGAACCCUGACGUGGUGGCUAAAGCACGUGAGGAGAUGGACCGGGUCAUCGGAACCGCCGACUUCAGCUCCGAACACCUCCCGCAGCUGGCGUACCUCGAGGGCAUCGUGCGCGAGUCCCUCCGUCUAGGCCACCCUGCACCGGGAUUCAACCUCGAGCCCGUCCCAGACGAGGGGGACACGUCGCCCAUCCAGCUUGCGGGGGGCAAGUACGAGAUCGCCCACGACCAGAAGGUCAUCCUGGUUCUGGCGGGUGUGAAUCGUGAUCCGACCUACUUUGAAGACCCGCUUGCCUUCAAGCCAGAGCGCAUGAUGGGCGCACGAUUUGACAAGCUGCCCAAGGGUGCGUCCCGGUGGUACGGGAACGGCAAGAGGGAGUGCAUCGGGAAGCAUUUCGCCUGGAUGUGGAAUGCCGUCACCCUUGGUAUGCUGAUCAGGCAUGUGGACUUUGAACUGGUCGAUCCAUCGUAUGAUCUGGAGAAGAAAGGAAUGGACGGGUGGUUUAAUGUGAGGCCUAUCGGGUUCGAAGUCAAGGCCAGGGUUAAGAGUUGA